AACAUUUCUCCAAUCCCAUCUCUUUUUCAACACAAAAUGUCAACAAUGAGCUACGGCCAUCCCACCCCAGUACUACUCACAUCCACUCUUAUCCCCAUCUCUCUCCUGCUCAUCCUCAACCCUCUGCUCCCACUUAUCCUGCCCGCUCUCCCACCACCAAUCGAGUCAAUCAUCUCCAAUGUGCCAUUACCGAAACAACCGACCUUACCGGCUUUACAAGCAAAUAUUGGAUUUGCGUUACUAGCUUUUGUGGGAGCUGUUUGGAUAGUGCCCAGAGUGAGUGGGGCAUUUGUGGAGAAGGGUUUGAGAGGCAGGGAUUUGUUGAAACCUGGAGGGAGGACGAGUGGACCUUGGAUUCCCGAGAGUCUGGGGUUACCAUGCGCAAGCUGGUACAUUGCUUUAAUGAUGUUAUUCAUCCCCUUUCCCUUUUCGCACCUCUUCCAAGGUGGUAUGCUCGAGGUUUUUCCGCAGCGAGAGUUAACAUUAUACCUCUCCUCCCUCCUCUCCCUUCUUACAGCCACAUUGCUAGGCUUCAUUGAUGACCUGUUCGAUAUUCGAUGGCGACACAAGUUACCCAUUCCGAUCGUUGCUGCGGUCCCCACGUUGUUGGUGUAUUACUCGGUCGGAGGGGCGACGAGUGUCGUCUUACCACAAGGAGUGGUAGGUUGGGCGAGGACGAUGGGGAUGGGAGAAUGGGUUGAUAACGGGGUUGUUGACCUUGGACCUCUAUACUACAUCUAUCUCAUCCUACUCCCUACUUUCACCACCAACUCAAUCAACAUCCUAGCCGGCAUAAACGGUGUGGAAGUCAUCCAAGCCCUCCUCAUCGCGCUUUCCGUCAUUCUUAACGACCUUUUGUUCCUUCCUAUCUGGCCUGAACGUUUCUUGAGACUGCUAGGAGUCGACCAGCCAGAAAAUGGAAGAGUGCUAGAAUGGGCGAUAGGGGAAGUGGUAGAUCGGCAUCUGAUGAGUUUGUACUUUAUGGCGCCCCUUGCAGGUGUUUGUGCUGGGUUCUUAUGGCAUAACUGGUAUCCAGCAAGGGCCUUUCCUGGAGACACCUUCUGUUACUUUACAGGCAUGGCCUUCUCCGCGGUCGCUAUCCAGGGACAUUUCUCCAAGACUUUGAUCCUAUUCUUCAUCCCGCAGAUAUUCAACUUCGUGCUCUCAUGCCCUCAACUCUUUGGACUUGUAGAUUGUCCAAGACAUCGAUUACCUGCAUUCGAUGCGGAGACCGGGCUCUUGCAUCCCUCGCGAGUAACCUUUGAGAAUCCACCCCCAACAAAGACAAGAAUAACUCUCCAAAUACUAGAAUUUCUCCGCCUAGUUCGCUUGGAACGUAGUAAAUCAUCAAGAGGAGACCAACAGAUCCACAUCAAAUCGUCCACAAAUCUCACCAUUCUCAAUUUCCUCCUAGUCCAUUUCGGGCCUAUGCGAGAACAAACAUUGUGCGCGCUUGUAGCUGGAGUGCAGAUUUUGGGGAGCGCAGUGGCUUUCGGCAUUAGGUAUGGCGUUGGGAGCUGGUUCUAUGGUGGGGAUCGACGAUAGAUUCUGCUCGGGGUAUGAGCAUAUAUGUAUUGGUAUUUGAGUCUUCUUUAAAUUUUUGAUAUGGACUAUCUACUGAAUUACUGAACUACUGAUGUAUUGGUCUGCACGAUUUCAAACAUCAAGAACGUCUGCCCAAGAGCUCUCCCCCUUUCUGCCUAUAUCGUCUUAUUCCAAUUCCAGAACCUUUUCUCUGUCUUCCAAGUCAAACGCCAAUUGGUUCCCGGAAUCGACCUCGGGCCAAACUUAUCCCCUUGAAUGAGAAAACCCGAUCCAAAAUUUGCCCAUGGCACGAGCGGUCCUCUCUUUUGUUGAGUUGACCUUCCGGAGGGUAUCGAUCAGAAAAAUGAACGCGAGUUCGGUCUGACGGUUCGCGUAAGCCACGGAUAAUAGAAUGGAAGCUCUGUGUAACUUACCGUGUGAAAUGAUCCCAGAAAGCGUGUAAUCUCGCCUGGCAACUGUCCCACAGAGUGAUGCCUGUAAACAGACAGUAUCCUAUUGUUGAGCUUAUGAGAAGUAGAAGGC